UUCUCCAGCUGCGUGAGCUCCAAAACAAAGGGGACAUUACUCUAUAGCUCUUUAAAUAAGCAAUGGCGUCCGCCUGGGAUUCUUCUAGCGCUGGCAGCAUCUCGUCAGCUUUUGUUGCCCCUCAUGAUAUCUUAAAAGAAGUGAAUGUCUUCUUGUGCGGAGCAACAUGCCCAGGCAAAGUUCCGGUUGAGCACCUCUCCCAGACAGCCUUGUUACUGCUGCAGAAGAUGCCCGCUGCCAGACAUGCAGUACUAGAGCAUUUUUGUAAUGUGUUUGACGAGGCAGCCGGAGCUUACAUCAAGCAGACUGACGGUGACCACAAAUCAGAAGAGCUUGGUGACAGAGGGCAAAGUCAGUAUUCUGCACUUCAAGAUGUAACAGGGGUGCUUCUAAACUUCAUCAACACAAACCCAGAGGCCUGGGCCCCCAUUGUCUCCUCAUGGUCCUUGAAUCUGCUGGGCCAGAUAAGCAGCAAGUAUUGUGAUCAGCAAGGUAUGGCUAUGUCAGCCUCACUGAAUGAAGCACUUCAACUCUGGAUGACAUGCCCACCAACUAAAUUGUUGAUGGAGCUUGCCAUUGAAUGUUUUGCGACAAUGGUUGGAAGUGCCCCAGAUGUGUGCGUAGAUGCUCUUUUAGAGGCAUCUGUCAAGUUCAGCCCUCACUUUGACUGGGUAGUGGCCAGGGUUGGGUCCUGUUUCCCUACCACCAUUAUCACGCGUGUGCUCAACUGUGGGCUGAAAGAUUUCUGCAAUGUAGGAAAGGGACUCUCAGAUCGAGACCCUGGGGCACGGAAAAAGAUCCCAAAGAUGGCAUCUGUUGUAGGCAUUUUGGGACACUUGGCUUCAAAACACCGUCAGGACAUUAGGAAAGCACUCAUGGCUUUGUUUGAGGAAGGACUGCAGUCUGAUGGAGAUGCUGUUCGGGUUACAACAGUUCCUUUCUUGCUGCAGCUGGCCUCCAUGUCUCCAAUGUUAUUGCAGGUUCUCACCACAGACCUUGUCAAAGCCUUAACCCCUUCUGUUCUGAACCGAUUGCACCAUCAGUUUUCCGGAUGGAAGAUGUCUAAUCCAGUUGAUUAUAACAGUUUUCUUAAUCUGGUGGUGCACCUGCUGGGCAAAUGUGACAUUGGGGCUUUUGAUAUUCUCAACUUUAUGAUAAUCACAGCAGUUCCUUCUCUCAGGGGGUCUGUUCCUGAAGAGUCUGUGACAGAAGCAGUACAAGACACAUGCGUGGAAUUGAUUCACAUGCUGCUUUUUGAGCUUCAACGGAGUGUCUAUGGGAAAAGAAGAGAGGGAACACUGUGGGAAAUGCCCCUGCUUGAGGGUCUGGCCAGGGAGACAGAGAGACUGGUCCAGCUGCUUCUUACAUCUGCAGAAUCUUCUGGCUUACCUUGGAUAGAGAAACUGCUUAUCUUUACUGCAGUCCAUUCUGGUGAGUCAUGUGCAGCUAAAAUUUUGGCAGCAGUGAUCAUGCAGGCAUCAACACCAAAGCAGCUGUCACUGUACUUUCACCUCCAAGAGAACAUGGAGAAGAGUCUGGGUAACAUAGCUCGAGACACUUUAAACAACGUUUUUGGUGCCAUUUCUGCUGUGACCGAGCUACCCCAGCUGGUCCAAAUGCUGCGCAACUUUGAGCGGGUCAUUCUUGGGGAGAAGAAGCGUGCUCGCCUGUUAACAGCUCUUUCCAGUUUCCUGUUGGAAGCCAUGCAGAAGGAGCUAGGAAAGCUGAGUGACAUUCUUCUGCACCCAAACAUAGAAGUCAGCAUGUGUGGUUUGCGACUUUUAGAAACGGUGGGAGUACCAGCCACGACAGAAAUGCCAGUGUUGACAUGUCUUUCUGCGAGUGUAGUGCUGGUGCUCUUCAAUUUACUGUGGGAAGGCGUUAGGCAAAGGCGUGCUGGAAUAGCAAAGAAGCCAAGAUUUGUGGGCUAUCAAAGGGGAGUAGGCUUGUGCCAUUCAUGUCUCCGGAACCUUAGUCAACACACCUUCACUCAGAGCCUCUUGCUUCAGUACCUGCUUCAGGGAGCCAUUCAUGAGGAAAAUGCUGCACUGUUUGGAGGAAAACCACCAGAAGUGUCCCAAACUAGACAAUCAGAAGUUAGUCUUCUGAAGGAAAACUGCCGUUUUGGGCUCUCUAUGCCUCUGCCUCGAACACAUGCUAGUGUCUUUCAUGCAGGGGUUAUUGGACAAGGGCUGAAACCUAAUCCCCCAAAUGUCACCAUGCAGAAGGAGUGGGUUUUGUGCCACCAAGAAACUUUGCUAGAAGCCAUUUGGUCGUGCAGUCAAGAUGCUGCUGCAAGCCAUUUGGUCAAAGACAGCACUUCAACACCUGCGAAAGAUGCUAGAUCACCUAUGAGGUUGUCUUCUAUGAUGAUGUUGCCCAAAAUGUCUGACGUGGCAGCACGGACGCUUGGAUGUGCACUGGUGGAUAUUUGCACUAUGGACACCCUGUACAAUGAUGUCAACUGGCCUGAUCCUGAGUUUUGCAAAGUAACAUUAGAAAGAGACCUGUAUGUCUGGAAGAUGACAGAAGACCACCCAGUCCUUUGGAGCAUUUUGAGAGCUGCUAGUGGAAGCAGUGUUUUCUUGUACUACUGCUCUCCACUGAUGAAGUCAUUGAUGGCUAGGGUAGUCAGUGCACUGGAGGUUUCUCGAGUCAGGAAGCUGAUGGACCUGCCCCAGUUGUUUGAGCGUGCUUCAUGGAUAGUCACUAUUCUGUCGCAGGGGAAGUUUAUACCGCCACCAUUAUCCAAUAUCUGCGAGUUGUUUCCACAUGUGUCACCAUAUGAGGGCUAUCUGCUUCUUCUAUCAGUCUGGAAAUUUAUCAAGGAAAAUCCACCAACAUUGAAUAAAGAAGGAGUUGCACAGACAGGAUGUGAAAUCGGUCACCUUCAAGUUCUUAGAACAGUUCUCAACUCAAACAUCGACAUGGUGGGCCAUCUGUAUCCGAAGAUCUUUGACACAUAAGUGUUUUAUUACAUGGUUGUGCUAGAGCAUGUUUUGAGACUGCAGCAUGGAGUCAUUGGACUGAACUUAACAGUAAGCAACAACGCACUUUGUAUGAACCCAGAACAUCAAGCUACAUUUCUUCUUGAUAUGGACCUUGCAUAUACUGCAGUGAUGUGUAUGCAGUUUAUUGAAACAAAAUUUUUUGCAGCAGUUCCGGUUGUACCUUCUGUGUAGAUCAAGAAUUAUUUUUUAAUUGAAAAACAGUUUCUGUAAGAAAUAUUUGAUUAUUUAUGCAUAGAUCAAGGAUUAUUUUUUAUUGAAAGCAGUUCGUCAGAAGUGCUUGAACUUUGUAUGAAAAUACAUGAUAACAAGGUGGAUGUGUUAGAUUAUAUUGUGAGAAAUUGUAAUGGAAGAAUGAAUUAUGUUUUCACAUAAA